CCACAACAUCUUCCCAGUGCUUAAAUUUAGCAUUUAGCCUAAAGUUAUUACUUACUGAAGCUGCAAGUUUCACUUCUGUGUGACCAGUGUGAACCAGUGUGUGAAACAUGUCUUUCCGAACAUCAGGAAAUUUUACGGUAGCAACAAUCCUCAUGUUACUGGCAGGAGCUCAGUCUCAGGAGAGUGUAACUCUCUCCUCUCAGAGCCUCUGUGCUCUUACUGGAUCUGAAGUACAAAUCCCCUGCAAAUAUACAUCUAGUUCCUCCAGUGUCAGAGCGAGAGAGUGGUAUCAGGUCCAGAGAUCUGAUGGAGAACCACAAGACCUGAGCAAAGACCCUCAAUACUUAGGACGAGUUUCUAUAAGCACAUUGUGGAAUGACUGUACACUGAUAAUGUACAACGUGAAAGUAAGUGACUCUGGAGUUUAUAACUUCAGAUUUAGAACAUGGAGUAGUGAAUGGAUAUCUGCUUCAUCUGGACUUACUCUCACUGUUACAGACCUGCAGGUGAAGGUGGAUCCUGAGACUGUAGGACAGAGAGAGGUGAAACUCACCUGUAGCUCCACCUGCAGCUUCAGCAAGACCCCUCAGUACUACUGGUACAGGAAUGGACAGUACAGGUCAUAUAGAAAUGAUGCCUCCAUUAUGCUCCACUCCACCAGUGUAUCUGAUGAGGGCAGCUACUCCUGUAGUGUGUAUGGCAGCAGACAGCACUCUCCUGCAGUGUGUGUUCUGGGUAAACAGUGUUGGGGUGUGACUUACACUCCUAAACAUGUGUGUGCUCUGAAAGGCUCAUCUGUUGAUCUCUUCUGCUCUUAUAAAUACCCUGGAGGACACACAGUGACAAAAUCAUUCUGGUUUAUUAAAGUGCAGCAGGUUGGUGUUGAAGCUGUGGAUGUGAGAGAGGAAGAGAAGUAUGAGGGGAGAGUGCAGUAUAGACAGAGCUCCCAGAAUGACUGUAGUAUGACAGUCACUCACCUGAGAGAGAGUGACGCUCACACAUACAGGUUCAGAUUCCACACUGAUAGUACUGCGGGGAAAUACACUGGACGUCCUGGAGUAUCUCUCUCUGUCACAGAUCUGAAGAUUACAGUAUCAGACAGAAGUAGUCGAAAGCACCUGAUCUGCAGCUCCACCUGCACGCUGCCCAACAACCCCACCUACAUCUGGUACAGGAAUGGACAGCCUGUAUAUAACCAGAACACUAAUGGACUGUAUGUGUAUGACAGUAGUGAGGAUGCAGGCAGCUACUCCUGUGCUGUAAGAGGAUAUGAGGAGCUCCGCUCUCCUGCUGUCUGUGUUUAUGGAAAGGACGGCUGCUGGAGUGUAACUUACGUCACCCAGAGCAUCUGUGCUCUGAUUGGUUCAUCAGUGGACAUACACGGUUACUACACCUUCCCGGAUCAGCAGCCCACCCCCCAACCUGCCUGGUACGCCAGACUCCACCUACAGGUCAAAGAGCUGAGUCAUGCUGAUGACCGAGUGGAGGUUUUCAGUCACAGAGCUAAUGUGAACACACUAAGCCUGAAACAUCUCACAGAGAGUGACUCAGCAGAAUAUCUCCUCCGAUUUAAAGCCUCCUACAUGAUACACACAGACAGCUCUGCUGGUGUGUCUCUCUCUGUCACAGGCCUGAAGGUGAAUGUGGACUCUCCAGCAGUCCCAGGAUCAGAGGGACAGACAGUAACACUGAGCUGCAGCUCCACCUGCACUCUGCCCUACAACCCCACCUACAUCUGGUACAAGAACGGACAGCGUGUGUCUCACUGCACAUCUGUCUCCUGCUCUGUAUCUGCAGUCAGGGAUGCAGUCAGUUAUAGCUGUGCUACUGAAGGCCAUGAGAACCUUCUCUCUCCUCCUGUGUAUGCCCCUAGAAACACCAGAGCAUUGAUGGUUUCCUCUGGAGAGAGAGUGGAUGGAGAUUCAGUGACUCUGACCUGCAGCAGUGAGGCAAACCCUCCUGUUCUCACCUACUCCUGGUUUAAGCAGAGAGCAGCUGCAGACACACUGCUGGCAACAGACCAGAAUUACAGCAUCACCAACAUCAGCUCCCAGCACAGUGGACUCUACUACUGCACCGCUCACAACCAGCUGGGACAGCACAACUCCACCACCACCCUUCUGGUUGUGUUAUACCCUCCCAGAGUCCCGUCUGUUACUGACCGUGUGUCUGGUGACUCGGUGACACUGCUGUGCUACAGUGACUCCAACCCCAUCAGUAAUUACUCCUGGUACAAGAAGACAGGAAGUGGUGUUAUACUGUUGGGAAACAGCACCAAUUUAACUUUGGCUACAGGAGCAGUUGGACUUUUCUUUUGCACAGCUCAGAACCAAUUUGGAUCAAUGGACUCGUCAGAAUAUUCAGUUCCAAUAGGGAACCCAGCUGGGACAUACGCAGCUUCUGGAGUCACUGUGGGUUUGUUUCUGACUCUCACUGCUGUCUGUCUAUGGAUGAGGAGGGGAUCUGCAGCUGUCAGCAGAAGGAGUGAGGAGACCAGCACAAAUCAUGACUCUGCUCCUGUAUAUGAUAAUAUCUCAGCCCUGGCUAAGACCUGUGACUCCACAGUAUAUUCAGAUGAUCAGGAUGAAGUUCACUACUCCAGUGUUCAUUUCACACACUCCCACACACAGGAAGUGCUCUACUCCACUGUUCAACUGCCAAAGGCUCUUAUUCAAGGAGAGGAAGUAGAGUACGCCACAGUGAACAGCACCAAAACAAAAGUCCCCCCACAGUAGGCUAUGCAAAUGGCAUAGUUUAUUAUGUCUGUAUCACUGUUACACAUGGAGUGUAAGUUAUUUCUGAAGCAAAUAAUAUAAUAAAGUCAACUGAAUAAAUAAAUAUAAUUACAGCCCUUUUCCUAAGUUCUUCUUUAGCAAACAACAUAAAUUAUCAGAAAACAAUAGCAAAUAAUGUUAUUAUCCAUCUUUAAAUAAUUCUAUAUAUAAAGUAUGUUUGUAUUGUUGCAUUUGAAAGUGGUGAAAUUUUGAUUUUCAGUCUGACUUUUUAUUUUCUCAUGAGGGGAGGAUGGUUUAUACUGUACUGGUAAAUGCUUACUUUAAAUACUACUCAGAUGGGAUUAUUCUUCCUGUCAUAUAUCCUUUACUGCAAGACCUUUGUAAUAUUUUGUAAUAUUUUUGUAAUUUUUACAAUAUUUAUGAUAAAUUCGUACAGGAUAUGAAAUUGCAGUAUAAAUUACAGAGAUGGUAAUGGCUACUUAUUUUACACAUUGCUGUCAUGUAGCUUUUACUGAUCAGAACUACAAAACAUUACUGCUGUAUGAAAUAUUGUUAUCAGUCUAGUGCUUUAUAAAACAGGAGACUUGAAUUUGGUCUAAAUUCCUCACUCACUUAUCUGUAGUCCCCAUACAUUACACCCUCCUAAUAUUCUCUGCCACUCCAUUGCCAACUCAUGUAAAACUUUCUAUAUCCGCCACUGAUGGUUGUUGCCAUGGGAUUAGAGUAACUUGGUGUUAUUUCUAUUGGUCAGUUUAGGUAAAAGGUGCCAGAAUAUUGAUGAGGCAGCAGUCUGUAAAAAUAACUGACAUUGUGAAUUUGAUCAAAACAAAAGUAUUUGAGGAACUCCCGCUGCCCAUUUAAAACUUGACAUGUCCUAAUGUGGCUUUAGAUGGUAAGCAUAAACUUUUUAUUCAAAAUUAAAGUCUUGAAAAUAUGUUUUUUCUUUUGUGCUGAAUGCAGUUUUUUUUAUCCAUGUAAAGCUACAUGAGUUAGUACAUUUGCUCAGGGGAUAACAUGACCUCAGUCUUGUGAAAUUGCCCAGCAAGGACUAAACUCCAAUCUACAGCACAGUCCAAGAACCUGAGAAAAGCUUCACCCACCAUCAGACUCCAACCCCUCCAGAUAUAACAUGACCCACUAUCACACUCCAACACUUCCAGAUAUAACAUCACCCACCAUCAGACUCCAACUCCUCCAGAUAUAACAUCACCCACCAUCA